UUGGCGUAACCCCUCCCCGCUGCGUGGCUCUGGGAGGCUCCCGCCUGGUUUUGUUGUAGCUCCAGCUACUGCCCGAACUGCGUUUGCUCCGCUCCCGGGCCACCAUCGCCGCCCGCUAAGCCGCUGUCCCGCCGAGGGGGGCCCAGACUGCCGGGAGCGAUGACGGAGGUGAUGAGGGAGGCGUUCGGGCAGCUGCCCCGGGAGGAAGGGGGAGGAAGGGUGGAAAAGUUUGUGCUGAGAUCUGACAGCGUGAAAGUGGAGCUCCUGUCCCUGGGGUGCAUCGUCGCUGCUCUGGAGGCCAAAGGCAGGGAUGGGGCGUUUGCAGAUGUCGUCCUGGGCUUUGACAGCUUGGAAGGUUACACCAAGAAGCACCCCUUCUUUGGGGCUGUCGUGGGGCGAGUUGCCAACAGGAUCGCGAAGGGGAGGUUCACCCUGGAUGGGCAGGAGUAUCAGCUGGUCCUCAACAACGGACCCAACAGCCUGCACGGAGGAGCCAGGGGGUUUGACAAGGUUCUCUGGAGCCCCGAAGUCGUGCCAAACGGCAUCCGCUUCUUCCGGCUCAGCCCAGACGGCGAGGAAGGCUACCCUGGCGACCUGAAAGUCUGGGUCACCUACACGCUCUGUGGUGGGGAGCUGGCCAUCAACUAUCGAGCCCAGACCAGCAAGACGACGCCCAUCAGCUUGACAAACCAUGCAUACUUCAACCUAGCUGGGCAGGGCUCCCGGGACAUCUACGACCAUGAGAUUUCCAUUGAAGCUGAUUCUUACCUGCCCGUGGAUGAUACCAAGAUCCCUACUGGUAGGUGGCGUGAGACUCGCAGCACGUGGGCGAAGAAGCUUUCACGGACAGGGAUUUGGGGGACCCAGGGAACAGCAAGAGCAGGGCAGGCAGAAAGGGCUACAGCAGCUCUGGACACUGGUCCGAGGGGGGCUCGGCCCCCUGCCACCGGCAGGACGCUGGAGGUGCACACCACCCAGCCCGGCCUCCAGUUCUACACGGCCAACAACCUGGACGGCUCCCUGGAGGGCAAAGGCUCCGCCGCGUAUCCCAAGCACUCGGCCUUCUGCCUGGAAACGCAGGGCUGGCCCGAUGCCAUCAACAAGCCUCACUUCCCGGACAGCCUGCUGCGCCCGCAGGAGGAGUACAACCACACCACCUGGCUCGUCUUCUCCGCUGCUUGAGGCCCGGACUUGCACUUCUUUGAGGACUUCCUGACGGUGAACGACUGGAAGGAAAAAAAUUCACAGUUAAACUGCAAUAGUGAUACGUGAUUCACAAAUACAGGAAAAAGGCAACAGAGAGGUACCUCAGCUACUCCAGCACCCUUGGAGCACUGAUUAUUUAAAAAAAAAAAAAAAAAAAAAAAGUCAAAAUUAACGGGCUGAUUAUUCCCACAUUAUUCCCACAUUAGAGAAAACACGUUCAUUUCACUAUGAAAAAAAAAAA